AUGGAAACAAUAACACCGUUCAAGAGGGAAAACUCAAAGAGCAGCUUUACAGACGACGAUGAAUUGAGUCGAAUGUCAGAUUUGGAAAGUGAAUAUCGAGACAACAACAUACGAAGGAUGUCUUUGACUCCAUCUUUACCUGCAUCGCCUUCUGCUUCAUCGUACAACAAAAUGAGCGUUGAUUCUGAUGAUGCGCGGUCUGUAUCCUCAACAAGUCGAAGAGACAAUCAUGCCAUGGAUACUUCAACUGUACCUCCUUCCGCAAUAUCAUCAGCACCAGCAACCACUCCUUCCACAAUAACGUCGACAACAACAAGAGUGAUUAGGCCGAUAGGCAGUAGUUGGGCAAAUUUGAGCAGCUAUAAUAUCCGACAGCAAGAUGAGCUUUACAUGGUGGAUAGUAAUAUUAUGGGCAAGAAGACGGCGCAGACAAAAUCCUCUUACGAUCUUCGUGAAAGAAGAGAUCCUGAAAGGAGAAGUGUGAAUCGUAGGAGCUCGCUACUACCUAAAUCGAAAGCUCUUUUAAGAGUCAUUGAUCAAGCAGACGAAGAUACACAUUUAGGAGAUUUAGAGAUGAGAAGGGAGCAUGAGACAACUGUGCAACUCAAGACAUUAGACAACGAGUAUGCCGCCUCCACUGAUAAGCCACAGCAAGGAGUUCCUGCUGCUUCAUGGACCAAAGUAACCGAUUUACCUUUAUACCAAUGUUCAAAACUUAACCCAGAGAUUGAAAUGACGAGUUUCCAACUCGAGAACAUAGCAUCACCUAGUCCACAACAACAGCACGCAUACAAGAGUAUCAAACGAAAAGCCUCUGAGGAUAGAUUUGAACCUUAUCCUACAUCCAUUGGCCUUAAACGACGGGCUGUUUCCCCAUCCGUUUCAUUGAAUGGCUCUCCUAUAUUAACAGGCUACUCGAGUCCACCGACAAGUUUUGCCUCCUAUCAAGGUGGUGGUAGUCAUGGUGGCCCUGGUGGAACGUCACCUAAUGCAGCUGCAAGAGCACAGCAAAAGGCUUCCAGUAGCACUUCAUUCAAUUUGCAUGAUGCAAGUGGUGGUUUGAGUCGAAUGUCAUUAAGCGAAUAA